GGCUGUCCGUUUCUUUUUUUUUUCUUCCCGGAUACAACCUGCAACCUGGUGAAUUCAUGAUCACAUGACCGUGGAUAUGGACGCAGUCCUGUCCGACUUUGUCCGUUCCACUGGAGCAGAACCCGGAUUGGCCAGAGACCUGCUGGAGGGCAAGAACUGGGAUUUCACCGCCGCCCUCAGCGACUUUGAGCAGCUGCGACAGGUGCACGCUGGGAACCUGACGUAUUCGUUCGGCGAGGACCGGGCGUAUCCGCCGCUGGAAAAGGAGAUGGCCCGGCUGGGGCGGCCCGUGCUCCACCGCCAAGACGAGGUGGUGCAAGCCGCUACAGAGAAGCGCCUCUCGAGGGGCAUCUCCCACGCCAGCUCCACCAUCGUGUCGCUGGCGCGCUCUCACGUCUCCAGCACCGGAGGCAGCAGCGCCGAGCCGCUCCUGGACACGCCCCUGUGCACCUUCCAGCUGCCGGACCUCACCGUGUACCGGGAGGACUUCCGCGUCUUCAUCGAGAGGGACCUGAUCGAGCAGUCGAUGAUGGUGGCCCUGGAGCACGCCGGGCGACUGAACUGGUGGACGAAAGUGGUUUCAAACUGUCAAAAUCUGCUGCCUCUGGCAACAAGUGGAGACGGAAAUUGCCUCCUGCACGCCGCCUCGCUCGGUAUGUGGGGCUUUCACGACCGGGACCUGAUGCUACGGAAGUCGCUGUACGCGCUGAUGGACCGCGGCUUGGAGCGCGAGGCGCUGAAGCGCAGGUGGAGGUGGCAGCAGACCCAGCAGAACAAAGAGUCCGGCCUGGUGUACACGGAGGAGGAGUGGCAGAAGGAGUGGAAUGAACUGUUGAAGCUCGCCUCCAGCGAGCCCCGGAUACACUACAGCACCAACGGCAGCAACGGGGUGGAGUCCUCCGAUGAGCCGGUGUACGAGAGCUUGGAGGAGUUUCACGUCUUCGUCUUGGCCCACGUCCUCAGGAGACCCAUCGUGGUGGUGGCCGACACCAUGCUGAGGGACUCCGGAGGAGAGGCCUUUGCUCCCAUCCCGUUCGGAGGCAUCUACCUUCCACUGGAGGUGCCAGCUGCCAAGUGCCACCGCUCGCCCCUGGUGCUGGCCUACGACCAGGCGCACUUCUCCGCCCUGGUCUCCAUGGAGCAGAGGGACACUUCCAAAGACCAAGCAGUUGUGAUCCCUCUCACCGACUCUGAGCACAAGAUGCUGCCUCUGCACUUUGCCGUGGACCCCGGGAAGGACUGGGAGUGGGGCAAGGACGACACAGACAACGUGAUGCUGGCAAGUGUGGCUCUUUCGUUGGAGGCCAAGCUCCAGAUGUUACACAGCUACAUGACGGUCACCUGGCUGCCCCUGCCCUGUGAGCAAGCCCCUCUGGCCCAGCCAGAGUCUCCCACGGCCUCAGCGGGGGAGGACGCCCGGACGCCCCCAGACUCGGGCGAGUCCGAUAAGGAGUCGGUCAGCAGCAGCUCCAACGGCAACGGAGACGCGGCAGCGGGGCCCUCGGUCAACGGAGGGGGGCCCACGGCCAAGAACGGCUCCUCUUCAUCGUCCAGCUCCUGCAGCAAUGGAUCGGCCGGGGCUGCAAAGGACAAAACCAAGAAGGACAAAGACAAGGACAAAAAGAGGGCAGACUCUGUGGCCAAUAAGCUCGGCAGUUUCGGCAAAAGCCUGGGCAGCAAGCUGAAGAAGAACGUGGGCGGACUGAUGACGGGAAAGAGCGCCGGAGCCGGAGGCGCCAAGCAGGAGGGUGCGGAAAAGAAGAAGGGCUCGUUUAAGGGGCGGAAGGGCAGCAAGGACAGCUCGCCCUCGGCCCACGCCUCUGAGGAUUCUGGGAAAGGCUCCCCCUCCUCGGGCAGCGAGCGCCUCAACGGGACGGGCAGCAGCAUGAGCAGCAGCUGCGGCAGCAGCACCGAGAGCGACAGCUACAAGUACGGCGCCGACGUCAAGGUCAGCCUGGGCAUCCUGCGCGCCGCCAUGCAAGGCGAGCGGAAGCUCAUCUUCGCCAGCCUCCUGACGACCAGCAACCGGCAGCCCUUCCAGGAGGAGAUGAUCCUGCGCUACCUGGCCGACGCGGAGGAGCGCUAUCACGCCGAGCAGGAGCAACAGCGGCGCGACGCGGAGAGGAAGGGCGUCGCCAACGGCGCCCAGCCGGCGCCGCCGCCGAAGAAGGAGGCGGCGGCUGGCGGGACGGAGGCGGCCUACCGUCCGUACGAGGCCGGCGAGGAGCCGCCGGAGAGCGCGUCUCCUCCGUUCAACCAGCCCAAGUCGUCUCCCCUGAGCGCCUCCAUGUACUCCGCCGCCGUGCCCAUCCCGCGGCCCUCCUUCAUCGACCAGAGCCCCGUGGCGGCGCCCCUCGCCCAGCACCUUCAAAUGCACAGCUACAUGGACACCCGGCGCCAGCUGGCCGGCGGCUCCCCGGCGACCUCCUACCCCGGCCUCCCCUCCUACGCCACGCUUCCCCGGCACUGCCCCGCAGCGCAGGCCCCCUCCCACCCCCAGUACAACAACACGCAAGGCCCCGCCUCCCUGAGCCCGUCUCGCCUGGCGCCCUCGCACCCGCCCGACUUCGACCCGCCGGACUACCCCGGCGCCGAACUCGCCGGCGGGACGUACACCAACGGCUUCCGGGACCUGCGCUCCAACCUGGACUCUCGGGGCGGGCAGCCCCCGGUCAGACACUACUCGCUGGGCAGCGCCGGCGGUUUGGCCAACCGGCAGUCCAGCCGCUGCCGGACACCCAACUGCACCUACUACGGACACCCCGAGACGGGCCACUACUGCUCCUACUGCUACCGGGAGGAGCUGAAGAAGACGGAGCCGGACCUCGCCGUCCACCGGUUGUGAACCAAACCGGGGGGGGGCUCGAGUUUGACCAGUGGCCUUUUUCAGUCCAAACCAAUGAGCGGCCCGGGGGGCGGAUCGGCCUCGGGAUGAACAAGAGAAAGGCACAAUCAGCUCCCUCCCCCUCCCCUCUUUUUUUUUGUUUUUGUUUUAAAGCUGUGUCACUUCCUGUUGGAAUGGACUCGACCGCAGAAUAAACAGGGUGGUUUCUCGCUGCUGGGGGUCACAUGUUCGACCCUUGUAUUAACCAACUGCACUUCUGUUGCGUUUUGCUGUGGCUCUUAUGCAGGCCAAGUGUGUGUGUGUGUGUGUGUGUGUGUGUGUGUGUGUGUGUGUGUGUGUGUGUGUGUGUGUGUGUGUGUGUGUGUGUGUGUGUGUGUGUGUGUGUGUGUGUGUGUGUGUGUGUGUGUGUGUGUGUGUGUGUGUGUGUGUGUGUGUGUGAGAGCGCGCUGCAGGCUCGCCUCCGUUUUGAUCCGUUUUAACGCCUCGCUACUGUCUCCUCCCCGUGGAGAGAAUGUAUACGGCAGACGCCGUGCACAACACCCAUCGACACGCACAUACACUAAGUCAGACUCCCACUGCCACACACACGCGGAGAGACAAGCGCGCGGGCGCAUUGCAAACGUCGCUGACUGGUCGACUACGGGGCGUUUGAGUCGCCUCUGGUUUACUCCUUUUUGUACACUACUGUUACGCGUCACUUGUACCUCGGGAGGCGGCAGAACGAAUCCUCUUAUUUUCUUUCUCUCUGGUCCGCAUUUGCAUAACGCAAUCUAGUCCGUGGGCUGCUGUGGUGCUACUGUUGCAGAGUGCAAACGCUUACAUGUCCAUACGUUCAACACAAUGAAAGAUAUAUAUAUAUAUAUAGAUACAUGUAUAUCCGUUGCAUUAGGACAAGCUUGACCGGCUGAAGGGGAAAUGCCGCCGGCCGGACUAAUGAGGGGACGCUGUUGGACUGAGAUGACACCAGACUGGAGUGUCUCCUCUUCUCUGGCUCGGUUUUGCCUUUCUUGAGGCGUUUUGAUUAUUUGUGCCCCCCUCCCCCCCAACACGAGCAAUACUACACACCACCAAGUGGAAAUGUCACACAGCACAACAGCGUCCGGCGACAUGCUGCCGAGUCGUUUCGACACGGCGGCCAGUUAAUGGACCCAUUUGGUUGGCGAAUGCGUGCCGCGAUGAUGUCCUCGGCUGUGACUGUUGGCGUGACGCGACGGGGUCAACGCCCCCACAAUAUCCCCCCCCCCCCCCGUUUGUAUUGACACAUUUUACGGUUUGUCAGUUAUGAGUCUGAAAAUGCCGCGUUGGUCUGAGAAACGUGAAGCACGUUUCAUGCUGAUCGCACCAAAGGUCAAGGUCACUCAUCCCGCUCCCCCCGUACCUCCCCGAUGGGACACCUUCAUGCGCACCAGGUUCUGUGUUUCUGCAAAACUCCUGACCUCCCCGUAAAGGGCCGCUUCGUCAUUUCUGGCAGUUCGUCCCCACCAAUACGAACCCGGUUUGCGUGAACUCUCUCUUUGCACAAUUUCAAGCACUUUUCCUGAUGUCCGUGGAUUAUUAUUAUUUUUUUUUUGUUUGGUUUCGUACUGUUUCUGAAGUGGCCUGACUGUUGUCCUUUGUUCUUCUCUGCAGACACUGCCACGCGUGCUGAUGUUUGGGGGGGGGGGGG